UGACUGAAGACGACUCUUUAAUCAGGUCAUCAUGGGGGAGUGGUCCUUUCUGUCUGCCCUGUUGGACAAGGUCCAGUCUCACUCCACGGUGGUGGGGAAGGUAUGGAUGAGCGUCCUCUUCCUCUUCAGGAUCUUCAUCCUGGCUGCCGGCGUCGACACGAUCUGGGGCGAUGAGCAGGGGAACAUGGACUGUAACACAAGGAGCCCCGGCUGCAGGAAUGCCUGCUACGACUACUCCUUCCCCCUAUCCCAUACACGCUUCUGGGUCCUCCAGAUUCUCACCGUGUCCACUCCCACGCUCAUCUACCUGGGCCAUGUGCUGCUAGUGAUCCGCAGAGAGAACAAGCAGAGGAGACGCCUGGAGCAGAAGCUUGGUGAGAAAGCGAUGAUGAAAACUCCAAAGUAUUCAAACGAACACGGCAAAGUGGAGCUGAAAGGAGUCCUGCUGUUCAGCUACAUAAUGCAGCUUCUGCUGAGGGUCCUCCUCGAGGUCGCCUUCCUCGUAGGCCAGUACUUCAUUUACGGCUUCUUCUUCAUGCCUGCAAAGAUUACAUUUUCAGACUACCCCUGUCCUUCCCCGGUGGACUGCUUCAUCAGUCGGCCCACAGAGAAAACCAUCUUCAUCAUCUUCAUGAUGGCGAUGGCGGUUCUCUCAGUGAUCCUCAACAUCGUGGAGAUGUUCCACCUGAUGAUCUCGAAGCUGCAUGAGAAGAGACGCAGGAGCUUGGUUCCCUCAGAGAUGUACCCCCUCGACAAACCGAACCAGCACUCCAGUGAGAGAACCACACCGUGUUAAAGGACUCAGAGCAGAGACAUUAAGACAGAUCCUGAACCUGACUUAUCUCUGAGGUUCUUGGAUUGUGUCUAGGUCAGAGGGGGAGGGAUCUUUGCCUGCUGUUAUGAAGUUUGAACACAGUAUAAUACAGUUGAGGUCAAAAUGAUUAGCCUCCAUGAAAAUGAUCAGUAACAACAAGUGUUUAUAGUUUA